CUGAAAGACAUUUUCAAGUUUUCAUGCUUGAUAUAGAAUCCUUGAAUGUCCUUCUGGGUGUAAUGAGCUUACCAAAACCCCAAAUAAUAAUCCAACCUUAAAACAUCUGAAAUAUUAUUAGGAAAUGAAGGCUGAUUGCCCAAUUUCUCCUUGGUGAUGUAAACCCUUCUGAGGGACCAUUCCUGGACAUUUUGGAACUUUUGGUGGAAUAGCAAAACCCAUCCAAUUAACUGGUUCAAUAGUGAUCGCCAUCACCAAAGAUGUGAAUACUACCAAAGCCAAGAUCUAAGUCUUAAUUUCAUCAUUUUAUUAUUAUAAGAUCUUUCUU